AUGGAUCUGUCUGACAAUUCCGGUGGCAGUGGGAUGUGCUGUCCCUUGACGACCCAUUCCUUCAGCGCAACUGCUAUGAGUGCCCGCAGGAAGGUCAGCAAAGUCGUAUCAGAUUCUACUCGCGCAUCAGGCCGUUCCUCCAGGACGGCUUUGACAUUAUCCACUCCGUAA